GAGCGUGGCGGCCCUUCCGGGAAGAUGUCUGUGGCGGGGCUGUGCCGGCGGGGCUGGGCCUGGGCGCCGGCCUUGCUCCUCGCCCUCCUCACCCUCUGGUCCUACUACGCCUACGUCGUCGAGCUCUGCCUCGUGACAUUGACCAACUCCUUGGAAAAAGUGGCCUACCUUGCCGUGUUCCAUGUGAUCUUUGUGCUCUUCGUUUGGGCCUAUUGGAAGUCCACCUUUACUCCUCCCCAGCAGCCGGACAAAAAGUUCCACAUGUCCUACGCCGACAAGGAACGCUACGAGAAUGAAGAGAGGCCCGAGGGGCAGAGGCAGAUCCUGGCCGAAAUGGCGCGGAAAUUGCCGGUGUCCACACGCACGGGGAGUGGAGCCAUCCGCUUCUGCGACAGAUGCCAGCUCAUCAAACCAGACCGUUGCCAUCACUGUUCCAUUUGUGCCAUGUGCGUAUUAAAAAUGGACCACCAUUGUCCUUGGGUGAACAACUGCAUUGGAUUUUCUAAUUACAAAUUCUUCCUGCUGUUUCUAGCCUACACGCUGUUGUACUGCAUGUUCAUUGCUGCCACGGUCUUCAAGUAUUUCCUCAAGUACUGGACGGGGGAACUGAGUGGGGGCCGCUCCAAGUUCCACGUCCUUUUCCUUCUCAUCGUAUCGGUCAUGUUCUUUGUCACCCUCACCUUCCUCUUCGGCUACCAUUGCUGGCUCGUCAGCCAAAACCGGUCCACGUUGGAGGCUUUCUCGGCUCCGGUGUUUCCCAACGGCCCCGAUAAGAACGGGUUCAACCUCGGCGUGGGGAAAAACCUCAGGCAGGUGUUUGGAGAGAAGAAGAGACUCUGGUUCAUCCCCGUCGUAUCCAGUCAAGGCGAUGGACACUACUUCCCAACGCGAACCUUAAGCGAAGCGCGGAAUCCGCUGCUGGCGAACGAGGAACAGUGGGAGGAAGACGACGGGGUGGACGACAACCAUCACGAUUAUCACCGCGGUGGCUCCCUUUCUGUGGAAAUGGAGACGUAGCAGUUCUGCAAGGCCCAAGGCGGGGCGCUCAAUCCGCUUUCUCAGCUUCCUUCUCUCAUCCGCUUCCUCCGUCGAUGGACACUUUUGAAAGAAAGGAAGCGCAUGGAUUUUCAAGGAGAGGAAGCCUUCUCGAGUCUCCGAAAUGG